AUGGGUAUGGCCUGUGGAAGAGGGGGUGCGAGUGAGACGGCCAGCAAUAGGAACAGUUCGACGACACCCCCGCACCCACACCCCCAGCAACAGCCACCCGAACACUGUUUGGAGACACUUCUCCGCAACAUUGAGGGUCUGUUGGCCAUCGCCGCACACAAUGCACGGCAACAACAAAGCCAAUUGCAUCUGCAGAAAGCUGAACUGAGGGCUGAGCUGGCGGUUCAACUGGAAAGGGAACGGGAGAUGAGAGAGCAUUUGGAAAAACAAUUGAAUGAGGAACAAAAAAUCCGAAAGCGCAGAUUUCGUCGGAAACUGGAGCAUGAAUUGCAUCAAAAGCAUCAAAACCAUCAAAACCCGCAACAGAUAACUCAGAAUAAGCAGCAAAUCACUCAAAACACACAACAAGUAUCACUCAAGUCGUCUCCGACUCCGCCGCCGACACAACCGCCACAACAGACGACCGAAACAUUAGAUUAA